CAAAAUAUAUAAAAGGGCUCUCAUUCAUUGUAAGAUACGUCUGCUUCUAGUCAGCUUAACUGCUUGCCUCCCUUGUUGAGACGGAUUUUUUUUCCGUAGUCACUAACAUACAGAAAAUGUACAAAUCUGUUGUAGCUGUUUUGCUCUUGGUCGCCAUGGUUACCGCCAAUGGUGGAUACGGAGGCGGUUACGGUGGAGGCUGGGGAGGAUUCGGAGGCGGAUGGGGAGGACUCGGUGGUGGAUAUGGAGGUAAAGGUGGAUGGGGCUACGGUGGAGGACUUGGAGUCGGCCUUGUUGGUAUUGGUGGAUUUGGAGGACUCGGCGGAUGGGGACGUGGUGGAGGAUACGGCGGAUGGGGACGUGGUGGAGGAUACGGCGGUGGAUACGGAGGUGGAUACGGCGGUGGUUACGGAGGUGGAUACGGAGGUGGAUAUGGAGGUGGCUAUGGUGGAUACGGCAAAGGUGCUGUCAGCGUCUUGCCCGUUGUUGGUGUCAGUGGUGGCUAUGGAGGCUACGGAUAUGGCGGUGGCAAAGGUUACUACUAGACAAAGCAACUUCAGUCUUACAUUUCUACAGUCAUGUACUUGCCAAUAGUGUUGCAAUAAAAUGAAAAAAAAAAAAACAA